AUUAUCGUUAAUAAUUGCUCAAGAAAAACCUAUUCAUUUUUAUUUGAUUUAAUUACUCGAUUACUUUUUAUUCGUGCAUCAUAAACCGGGUAGAAUUAACCGAGUUCGAUUAACCGAGUACAAUUAACCGAUUAUAAUCGAUCGAUUACUCAUUUGACGUUAUUCGAAUAUAUUUAACACAUCACUAAUGUUUGGCAUACUUCGAAGGUCAUCAGUGUUUAAUAUUAAAAAAUACGAUUAUUUAAUUCCGACUUUAGAAUUUACUAAAAAAAUACACAGAAACAUGUCCAAAAAGGCAUUAAUUAUAUUAGCACCAGGUGGUGAGGAAAUGGAAUUCGUAGUCUCAGCUGAUGUGCUACGUCGGGCUGGUGUGAAAGUCACAGUCGCUGGUUUGGAAGGAUGCGAACCAGUUAAAUGCUCCCGAGAUGUUGUUAUUGUCCCAGACACCAGUUUACUUGAGGCAAAAUCUGAUCAAUUUGACGUAAUUGUUUUACCGGGUGGACUUGGUGGUUCCAAAGCUAUGUCAAAGUGUAACGUUUUAGGUGAACUACUUAAAAAUCAGGAAGCAGAAGGUCGGCUUGUUGCUGCAAUUUGUGCUGCGCCUACUGCAUUGGCCGCACAUUGCAUUGGCGUUGGCAAGUCACUUACUUCUUAUCCAUCUGUUAAGUCACAAUUAGAAUCACAAUAUAAGUAUGUUGAAGAUAAGAACGUCGUACAGGAUGGUAAUUUGAUAACAAGUCGUGGACCGGGUACUGCCUUUGAUUUUGCAUUAAAAAUAGCUGAAGCACUUGCUGGAGCUGAUAAAGCUCGUGAAGUUGCUAAGGGAAUGUUGUUACAAUAAAGUACUCAAUUUAAAUAAAAACAAUUAUUUGGUGAUCCUAAAAUAAUUUUUAACCUGUGAGAGAAAAAUAUUUAUUUCUUAUAAUAAAACAUAAUAA